AUGUGGAUUCCCCCUCGACUUCUCACCACGCUAGAGACACCGGAGUUUUACACGGACACUGUCCCCUCUCCUACUUCUAACUCGGUGGCGGUUGAGGACUACUCGGAUGCGGACACUAAGAGUGAUAGAGAAGAGGGCUAUUGCGAGUUGUGGAUGAAGGUAAUCGAGCACGGGCUAGCAUGGCUAGCGAGGCUUAGGUCAGUCGAUGCCAUUGCUUCCAAUUAUCAAGCCGAGAGAGGAAGUCAACGGGGACUAGGCGGAGCCUUCGCUGCGGCUACUAGCCAUAUUGGCCCACCUAGCCUUGAGAGAUUGGUUGAGAACCUUAUCCCGAUAGAAGUAGUUAUUAAGGCGUUGGUUCUUCCUUAUGCUCAUGGGGUCGCCGAUCGGACUAGUAAAGGUGAUGGUUAA